GGAGCCCGGGGCCUGAUUGGUCGAUGUGGUUGGGAGGCGGGUCGUGCGCAAUGAUUGACAAGGGGUGGUAGCGGCGGCUGCAGAACAGAGUCAGCCCCACAUCUUCCCACCCAGGAAUCUUCUGGGUGUCAAGCCAUUUCUUCAGAAGAACAACAAUGGCAGGGAACUCAGGGACCCGCUUCCUGGGGGGCAAGAAGAGGACCACUGUGCAGUUUCAUGGUCUGCACCCACACCAUGGCAGAGAUAACAGGGAGGACCCUCCAGGGGUUUCUCCACCUAAUAAACGGUCCAAGAGCUUUGACGUUACUGAUUUCAAGGAGACAGAAGAUUGCUUUGGAUACAAUGAAGAGUUUACAGCAGAUGAUCUGGAGGAAAUUGAUAUCAUUGCAUCCCAAGCUUUGACUCAAGAUUUAGACUGCAAGGUCCCACUGAACACAAAUUCUGCCUCGAGGUCCUCUUCUCCCUCAGCUGCUAGAAAAAGUGUGGGGCAUUUGGAGCUCUCCAAAAAUGACAGCACAGCGAAAUACUCCCUUGGAAUCCCUAAGUUUCCUGAACAAGAUGGAUUGUCCAGAAGUAAAAAUCUUUCAGAGAAAAGCAGAGAAAAGAUUCCAGCUAAAGAUAUUUCUGAAUUUGAAAAACUGAAAGCACAACAUGAAAAACUAAAGGAAAAGAUGAAAGCAAUGCAAGAGGAAAUCCUCAUUAAAAAUGGAGAAAUUAAAAUCUUACGAGACUCAUUGCAUCACACAGAGUCCAAUCUAGAAGAAAAGAAACGGUCACAUUUCCUUCUGGAACAGGAAAAAAUUCAGGCCCUCAAUGACAAAGAAAAAGAAUUCUCCAAAAAGCUCCAGUCGCUGCAGUCAGAACUUCAGUUUAAAGACGCUGAGAUGAAUGAAUUGAGGACCAAACUGCAGAACAGCGGAAAAGCCAGUAAAGCCAACACCACCCUGUCCAUCUCCCAUGUCAGUCCUAGGAAAAGUCCUUCCAGAGUUAUAAAGCCAGAAGCUUGCUCUCCACAAAUGGAAAAAUCAUCUUUUCCUACAAAGGAAUCCUUCAGUGCCAACACAUCCCCUUCCCAACACAUCCCCUGUCAACCAUCAACACAGCCCUGUGUCUUGGCUCUAUCCUACAGAGAGGACAAUAAAAACCACAAUUUGGGAAAUGAAUCUGUAAAACAGGAGGAGACACAAAGAGAUCUUACUUCCAGUUGUAUUCAGCGACCAAACACUCAAGGUUCUGUUUUAAUAAACUUGCUUCUGAAGCAGCCUCUGACCCCAGGGGCAUCCCUAGGUCUCUGUCAUCUUCUGAGCAGUCAUCCUGAAGCCCCUGCUGGCUUUUUCCAGCCUCAAAGAUUGGGCAGUGCUUCAUCAGGAACGUCAAGCAUCCAGACCACGUGUUCCAGAGAAGGCUCAUUCUCUGCCUCAUCCCUGAGAGAAGCACAGAGCCUGGCCAUCACGGGACUAAACCUAAUUGCCAGGGAUGAAGGUUCAUCUGAUGAAGGCCUCACUGAGGGGAAGAGGAGACCCUCUCAGGACACUCAGCUCUGCCAGCUCCCUGGGGCUGUGCACCUUCUCCCCCUUGUGAGGCAUUACAUUGACCUCUACUGCCAGACUCUGCAGGUUUUGGCCACAGUGAAAAGGAACAGUUCUGCAGACUCAUCAGCCUGCUCCUCUCGAGUGAGCACCAGCGUGGAGGCCAACACGGAGGAUUCCUUGUCAGCUCUGGAAGGGUUCACUGUGGUGGCACUCGGCAUUCUUCAGCACCUGGUGUGUUACAGUGGGGCUGUUGUUCAGACAUUACUGUCAGUAGGAGGGAGAAGAGAUGCCGCUGAUGGAGAGGAUCCUACCUUAGGAGAGAACAAGAACGCUGUGUGCAGAAGGAGUCAUGGGAAGCCAUCAGAAAACCCUAUGGUGGAAGAACAACCGGCAGAAGGCCCAGAGGAGACUGUGAAUAGCCAGAACCAACAUCCAUUGUUGAAGAUGCUCCUUCACUUGUUGUCUUUCUCCUCUGCUUCAACAGGUCACCUACAAGUUAGAGUCCUGAACCAGUGCCUUAAGGUUUUGGUGAAAUUAGCUGAAAACUGUGCAUUUGAUUUAUUGCCCAGGUUCCAGUGUGUACUGAGCAGCCACGGGUUGCUCCAGUGCCUUUCCUCAACAGCCCAUCUGUCAGCUGUCCUCCUGACUGUUCAUCUUCUGUCUCUGCUUGGUGACCAUGAGAAGUUAGCUCCUCAGCUCUGCUCCCAAUCAGAAACCUGUCUUCUCCUCUUGCUGUAUAUGUACAUCACGUCAAGGCCAGAUAAAGCAGCUGUGGACUCACAAUGGUUUCAGCUGGAACAAGAGACAGUGUGGUUCCUGGCCAAGAUCAUGCAGAGCCCUGACUCUCCUAUCUCCAUUAUAGGAUCUGACUGCCAGUGCAACCUGGAGGUAGUCAAAGCACUCAUAGUGAUGUUACACAGACAGUGGCUGACCAUUCGAAGGUUGGAAGGCCAUAUACAGAUGGGUCAGAGAAAGCAGAUGGUCCGGUGUCUCCGGGACACCUUGUUGUUAUUGCACAGUUUGUCCCAGAGAGACACCCUAUUCCAUGUGCACUGCAUGGAUGUUCUACACCAAUAUGACCAGGUGAUUCCUGGUAUCCAAGCCCUCCUUCGAGGCCUCCCUGACAGGACAAACUAUGAAGAAACAGCUCUAGAAGACCUGUGCCGAACAGAACCAGACGUGGAUGACCCUGACACAGACCCUAGCUAAACCACAAGGUGGUACUUAGACUACCAGUUUUUCAACUGUAGACAUGAAUUUUACAGAGUUUUAAAAAUUACACCAACUGAUUAAAGGUGAAUGUCAUUGACA